UCCUCAUAUCGGGGCCCACAACCCCCGGAUUUUGGGGAGGGGAAAGUGCACAAAACUAUCCUCCUCCUCUCUGUCUCCUCCACUCCCCCACGCCACCGCUCGCCGCCGCCGCCGGCUCAGCUUCUCCUCCUCCUCCGCCGCCGCCGCCGCCGUCCUCGGGUGAAGCAGCGCAGUUCGGAGGAGGGAGGCGGAGGGGGUUUGUUCGCCAACCUAGCUCGCUCGCUCAGCUGCCGAGCUCUUCUUCGCUGGUAUGGUGGCCCGCUUCUCCUCUUCCUUUUGUUUCCGUGUGAAUCUCCUACUACUGCUGCUGCUGCUACUACUACUACUACUAAUUCUAGUUUUUGCUCCCUUCAAUCCAAGCGCUAUGAAUAUUCUUGGUCUUUGAGAGAUGAAAUUUUAGUGAUAUCAGCUGCUAGAGGAUAGACUGAAGUAACUUUCAACAAUUAUAGAAUGGGUGGUUGCUGUUGUUCAUCGACAAGAUCUGCAUCCGUCGGAGCACCAGUUUAUAUCUAUCAUCAACAAAAUCCGGCCUCUACAAUUGUUGCAAUAGACAAAAAUCUGGAUACAUCCACUCCUGACACUUACCGAGCACCACCUACACCUUUGCCUUAUGAUGUUGGUCUAGUGUUGAAAGAUAACCCUGAUUUGGAGAAGACAGGCAUCAAGAGGAAAAUUCAUGAACAUAAGGAGUCCUUAAUGAUGGAUGAUAAUGAGUCAUUGCAAAAAUGUGUCUCUGAAGAUAAGCCUGAUGAGGAGGAUGUUUGCCCAAUCUGUCUUGAAGAAUAUGAUGAAGAAAAUCCCCGCUCUAUGACUAAAUGUGAGCAUCAUUUUCAUCUUUGCUGCAUACUUGAGUGGAUGGAGCGGAGUGAAACUUGCCCAGUUUGUGACCAGAUAACCAUGAUAAAUGCGAUGUAUGAAUAGCCUUGGUGGCCCUGGUGGAUCCUCUCUUGAAGCUCAUGCUUAUUCAGUCGGUUUGGCAGAAGUCAUUUGAUGGGGAAGCACAAUGAGCAACUGCUCUGCUCUCGACAUUGGUUUGGUCUUUUUUGGUGGAAGGAGUGAAAUUAAGGAGACAAAUGACAUGAAAUGUUCUGGCCAACACUGUUUUGUACCUUUGUUGCCAAUCUUUGGCUAAUUUAUAGCAAGUAGCAACAGGAGGAUUAGGAAAAUGCUUGGAUGCGAUAUACAUACCGGUCACAUGAUCAUUCAGUCAUUCGGUUCAAAGUCCAAACAUUAAAAAUCAGCUCUUUUUUUGUUUAAACUUAGGACGAAUGUUACUUCACUUCUAAUCCAGUUAGUGUCUGUGUAUAUCAUACAUAACAUAGGUGAAAAAGAAAAAUUGGUCGUAGUCUCUCAGUCUAGGCUUCAUUUGUAUAAUACUUCUAGUUGGACAAGCUCCUGAAUACAUCCCUUCCUAUUUCCUAUA